UGUGGUUGGAGUUUGUAAGGUUUCUUGUGAAUUAGGACCAAUUCGGUUCUUCUCUCUAUCGUCUUCUUCCCUUCUUCCAUUAGGGUUUCCUCUUCGCACCUUUAGCCCCCAAUUUCGCAAUCCCUCCAUACUUUCUUCUUCUGACAACCUGCGAAUUCGAAAGACUUCGACGGCUCCGCCUCAUACGUUUGUUGGAGACUUAGUUCUCUUCCUGUCUAGUUAUCAAUGUUGGCUACUAGUGCAGUGGCAUCUUUGCCCAAAUUACCACCAGUGAGAAGAGGUGGCCACCGCAUUGAAGAGAAUGUCAUUACGACGUGUAGGUUACCAAGACCAUUACAGACAAUCAAUAAUUCAAUAUCUUCAAGUUGUACGCAGUUUCCAUUUGGCACAAGAGCUCAUUCUAUUCGGACAGCAACUAUAAUAUGUGCUGCAGCUUUGAAUGCAAGAUGUGGUGCAGAGCAAACUCAAACUGUUACUCGCCAGGCUCCUACAAUUACUCAUGUUCCUGGCAAGGAGAAGUCACCACAACUUGACGACGGUGGAACUGGAUUUCCGCCUCGUGACGACGACGAUGGUGGAGGUGGAGGAGGUGGGGGUGGAGGCAACUGGUCUGGUGGAUUUUUCUUUUUUGGGUUUCUUGCUUUCCUUGGCUUCUUAAAGGAUAAGGAAAGUGAAGACACAUACAGGGAUAACCGAAGAAGGUGAAGAAUUGGCCACCACCAAAAAUGCAUGCUUUGCUUGAAGUAUUUUGCUGCUUCAUUCUUUAAUUUCCUCUCUCAUAUAAUCAUAUUGGGGUCGAGUGAGGUUCUGUGCUUGCCUAAGAUGAUGUAAUGCGCAGAAUUUUUGUAUUUUAGAAAUUAAACAGCACUUGAAACUUUAGUAUGGAAGGAAAUAUCGUAAUAAUUAGUAUCAUAUUACUUACAAGUUACAUCUGUAUGUGUUUAAUCUCGGUGUUACUAUAGUAGUUAAGCCUUUUGACUUGGAUGUUACAAAUUAGAAUGAUAAUUAGAUGGAACACUAUGGGCCACCAUAAACUAGGAAAUGCUCUUUACCUCGUUUGUCUAUGUUGACUUAUAUUAUAUUAGAAAGCA